AUGCCCACAUGGGGUGAACUGGUGAUUCGUGAAAGAGAGCGAGAGGUGUCGCUCGGCUCAAGCUCAACUCAAGGACUGCACGGACGAGUAGGCCUGGGUCCGGCCUCCGGCCCGGCGACUCCACGCUGUCCUGAAACUUUAAAUCGAAUAGGAAUAGGCCAUGGUCAUGGAUGGCACUGUCCGUCGCUCCGUCGUCGCAUCGCAUGCCGCCACGGCGCAAGCAACAGCCGGGCUCCACUGAUUUCCGGAAUAGGUUCUGCCUUUGCAGCAACCGAAAGAUGCUUCGGCGGAUUCGCUACGCAGGUUCUGCCUGAGGCCUUUUCAAUGGGGGGAAACCGUGAAAGCUUGGGUCAAAAAGCUCUGAUCCAGGGUGAUGCAGGGAAAAUCAAACGGAAUCAGCAUGGUCAGUCAAACUGCGGCACUAUGACUAGCGGAGCUGAAUUUGGCAUGCGAAUCAAAGGCUCAGAUAAUCCGUUAUCGAUAUACCUAAGAUGGUUAUAA